CCUUCUUAAAAUUCAUGCCGAAAAGUUUCGCCUUAACUAUGAGGAAACGAAGGGAGUGAUAAAAAGUGAAGGUGGGUCCAUUGUCAAAAGUAUUCUCCAGUCCCAACUAAGUUCAGUUGUAUUCCUUUUUGGAACGUCACAACUAUGUUGAGUCAUUUUAUUUUUUAACAAUAAACAAAACAUUCAAUCAUACUUACUUUAUUUCAUCAUUUACUUUACUCCCUCUUUAUCUAUCCUGCUUUAUUCCUCUCUCAUACUUUUCAACACAAUUUUUUAAUUCCUGUGCCCAAAAGUUGAGUAAUAAAAAGCAAAUGAAACAAUUAUUCACGGAUGGACGAAAAUAGCAAAUUGGACAAUUAAUGGUGGAGAGAGUGUAUAUAUAAAGUAUAACUCACUUUUUCUAUAACUUUAUUUAUAAAGUUAAAAUUUCUAAACAAGUUAUUCCAACUGCUUUUUACGGAUAAAUUUGCGUUUCCCAACUGCUCCAAAUUCCUCAGCAGCCUUAAAAGCAUGUCUACUUCAUCUAUAAAUAGAGUGGAUGCAUUUCCACUAAGAAUCACACAAACAAGGUUGAAACAAAUUAAGCCUUUUGCAUUUCCACACUUCAAUUUCGGUGAUCUAUCAUGGCCUUCAUGCUUCCAAAGCUCAUCGCCAUUAAAACAGCUAGUUAUCCUGAUAAAGGGCAUUUAUACUACAACGAAAGCGCAAGUGUAGUAGGUCUUGGGGAGCAGAGUGUGUUCAGCACGCUCGUGAAGAUUGAAGUCGAACAAGCAGCAAGCAACCCCAACUACGUUCACCUCCGAUUCAGUAAUUUCAACAGGUAUUGGUCGCAGAGAGCAAACGGAAACGGCAUCGUUGCUGAACUAAAGAAGCCCGUGGAAGACACAACGGAUCCUUCAUGCACGUUGUUCGAGGUGGUUCAGGCAGCAGGUGAGUUUUACUUGAAUCACGUUCAGACAGGUGGGCGCCUGUUGGUAGAUACGGAGUACUGGGGCGUUUUCGUGCAGGUAAACGCCCUAGAUUCGUACGAUUUCUUAACUUUUGUGGAUUGGAGUACAUUGGUGAAACUGCCUGCCCACGUGGCUUUCAAAGGGGAUAACGGCAGGUUCCUUGAAGGAAGGUCCUGGGAUGGUUACAACUACCUGCAGUUCUCAUCCGAUGAUCCUAAUGAGGAGGCGUCCGGCCACCGCGUGUCGUUGAUGCCCGACGGACAUGUCCGGAUAACGUCAGAUUACUGGGACAGCCAGUUCUGGAGGCGCAGUCCAAACUGGAUAUGGGCGGAUUCCGAUCAGUCUUCCGUCGACAACAACGACACUCACUUCUGGCCCGUCAAAGUAGACGACAACAACACCAUUGCACUCCGCAACGCUGGCAACAACAAUUACUGCGCACGUCUCUCCACCGAAGGGAAGACCGACAUGUUAAAUGCGGACGUCCAAAACAUCACCAAGGAAGCAAGACUGGUGGUGCAAGAGCUCGUGUCCCAGAGAAACAUCUACAACGUCGUAUAUCGGAUGCAGGAUGCCAGGAUAUACGACGAGGUGCCUUACGUUGCUGGCUCAUCCGUGCUUACUAACUCAAGCGACCAGGAGGCUGCUAUGGCUGUUCAGAUUACUUAUCAAGACGAGAAAUCUUAUACUUUUAGCCGUAGCUUGUCUUUAACUGCAGGGGUGGAAACCACCUUCAAGACCGGCGUGCCUUUCAUCGUGGAAGGAGAGAUCUCUGUCUCUUUUGAGAUAAACACCACUCUUCAGUGGGACACCACCACAACUACUACCACAUCAGUUAUGGCUUCGGGUUCGGUUCCUGUGCCUGCGAGGAGUAGUGCGGUAAUUGACUAUGUCGGGACGAGGGGCACCUGCGAUGUUCCUUAUUCUUACACGCAGCAAGACAAAGAGCUCCACCGAUGGCACGGUUUCUUACACUGAGCAGGUUGAUGGUAUUUACAAAGGCAUCAGUUUUUACAACUUCCACUUUGUUGUCAAAUCCGCUCAGGCCUUGUUCUGAAGAUCCCAUGCUGUUUUUUCCCAAUCAUCAAUAACCGUCAUGCAGUUGAUUUCUGAUAAGCAACCUAGCUUCAUAGAUAAAAUUCUGACAUGUAACGGAAACUACGAAUAUCAACUGUAGUUCAUCAAUAAGAUUGGUGUUUCUUUAUUAUCAA